AUGGCUGCUGCUCCUCACGAUCCCCUCCAGAAACUCUGUGAGGAAGCCACUUGCUCAAUCUGCCUGGAUUAUUUUGACAAACCAGUGACCACAGAGUGUGGGCACAAUUUUUGCCAAGGCUGUCUUGAUCUACACUGGGGGAAUUCAGACAAAGAAGUUGCCUGUCCCCAAUGCAGGGAAAAAGUUCAGAGAGGAAGCCUUAGGCGCAAUCGGCUGCUGGCAAGCUUUGUAGACAUCACAAAGCAACUCGAAAAUCAAGGAGCCAAGAGGGGUGAAGUUGAGGGGGGAGUCUGUGAGAAGCACCAGGAGCCCCAGAAGUUUUUCUGCAAAGAGGACCAAACUCCCAUCUGUGUGGUGUGCGACAAGUCCAAGGAGCACCGAGAUCACAAUGUGAUUCCAGUGGAGGAGGCUGCUGAAGAGUACAAAGAUCAGAUCUAUAAGUGCUUGGAGGACAUGAGAAAGGAGAAAGAGAUUAUUCUGCGGCGUCAAGCAGACGUAGAAGAGAGGCAAUUUCUGACUCAGAAUUUUAUGAAAGCAGAAGAGCAAAGCACAGUUGCCACGUUUGCAGAACUACAGCAAUUUCUAAAGGAACAAGAGAAGUUUUUCCUGACCGAGAUAGAAGAUGUGAUGAAGGAGUUUCAAAUGACAAUCGAUGCACACUUGUCUAGAGUAUUGGAAGAACUCUCUUAUAUUGAAGGUUUCAUCCAGGAGUUGGAGGAGCAGCAGCAACUGCCUACCAUUGAAUUUCUGCAGGGUGUUCAAAGGAUCAUGCAAAGGAUUGAAGGGAGGCAGACAUGUAGAAAUCUCAAAUUUUCAUUUCCUCUAGCGCUUAAGUGGAAGAGCUGGACUGUCUGUAGUACAAAUCACUUCUUGAAGGGUCUCAUAGCAGAUUUCAAAGAUUCACUCUUGUCCGGAGAGCAGGAGCAGCAAGCAAAUAUAACACUGGAUCCAAACACAGCUCAUCCUCAACUCGUCCUCUCUGAGGACCUUAAAAGUGUGACGUGGAACGAGAAUUAUCAAGACCUGCCAGACAAUCCUGAGAGAUUUGACAAAUAUCCUAUUGUAAUGGCCUGCGAAGGAUUUACAGCAGGCAGACAUUUCUGGGAAGUCGUUGUGGGAAGUGAGGAGGAGUGGGUUGUGGGAGUUGCUUCAAAGGACGUGGACAGGAAGGGCUUUUUUGUCCUUAUCCCUCACAGGGGAUUCUGGGCUCUAGGGAAGUGGGGAGGUAACUAUAUGGCACUAACCUCUCCUUACAAGUCUGUCCUCACCAUCAAGCAUGAGCCCCAGAAGAUCAGAGUGCAUCUAAACUAUGCUGCAGGAAUUAUAGUCUUUUUCAAUGCUGACACAGGACACGAUCUCUUUGAAUUCUCUGAACUCACAUUUGCAGGAGAGACUCUUCUGCCCUUCUUUCGUGUGCAUGGAAAAGCCCACCUUACAGUCUCUCCUUGAUGCAAACUCCUUAAGGUCUACAUUUCCAGUUUUGUAAAGGCUUCCACUGAGGUUUGUUCAGUGUCUCUCACACUUACUCCUUUACAGGUUUCAUUCCAAAUGUAUUCCCUUUCUUUUAGGGUUCCCUUUUCCAUCUAUGUCUUGAUUUUUAAGAGACAGUAAUAUAUGAAGAGUCAUAAAUUAUGUUGGUCUGAAACCUAUUAGACAGGGUACAACAACCCUCAAGAACCUGUUUGUAUUUUCUCACUGAACAACCACCAGUUUAUGUAAGGAAGAAACAAAAAGAAGCAUAUUAGGGAGACCAUCAAGUACUGAGAUACAAAGGAAACAAACAUGGAUUUACAAGGAUAAACCAAUGGAAGAUGCUGCGAAAGACUGGAAACCAUUGAUGCAAUUUUUAACAAAAAAGGAAUCAAACACUGUAAUAAUUUGUGGCUAUGGUUGCUAGCAAUUUUAAUAAGAUUGUUGAUUUGGAUCUGUAGGACUUUGUCUUGCUUUCUUUCAUUGGAGCUUGGAUAGGAGUGUCAUUGUUUGUGUAGUAGUUCGCGUUCAAUGUUUUACUUUAAUAUUGUUAGAUUCAUUUAUCCAUUUUUGUUUAUUUUUUCCUGAAUUACUGGUG